GAUUUCUCACUUUUUACUCACUUCACCAAGAUGGUAGCCUUCAACAUGUUAUGGCAGCUCUGUGUAGCUGUGGCCUUCGGGCUCUCUGCCACUGUCACUGCUACUGAUGUAGCCCAGGAGCAACCCAAGAAGGAGUCACUGGUCAGCAGAUUCUUUGGUAAAAGAGACAACUUUACUACUAAAUCUCAUGAAAAAGCGAUUCCAAUGAAGACUAAAAGUCAAGAAAACACUGAUAAAACUGAUCCACCCAAGUACUCUCUUGACUGGUAUCUAUUACCUAAACCAGAAAACAGGGAUGCCCUAUGUUAUAUUUUGCCACAUGAUUUGCUCGAUGCUCUGCCAGAGGAUUGCAAUGAACCAAUAGAACCUCCAUUGGAAAAACGUAUUAGGGAGCGUUUCUCCAGGAUUGAGAAGCAGCAGCGGCCAACCGUCGCUAUGCAAGAUUUCCCGCAGCUAAAUAACGACUCCGGGACUUCCUUUUUUGUAAUGCAGCCAUUGUAAUAUCAUAUUACUUAAACAUCUGUCA